CAUGACGGCUAAUAAUUUUUCGUAAAUACAUAUCUUAUUGUCAUUAAAGUAAAAUUGAUUAACUAAAACGAUGAAACGGUUUUUUGAAAUGUAAUGUAUGUCGCGAAUUUAAAAUUUAUAUCAAGAGUAUAUAAGUGUUGUUUUUAUGUCACAUAAAAGUGACCUAGUUUAUAAAUGAAUUUUUUGAUUUUCUUUAACUACGACCCUGAGUGUUCUUGAAGACGAUGGCCUCUGUGAGACAGUAGCGAUGCUGUCUCGAAAGUGAGUUCAUAAUUGUUAUAAAAUAUGGAAAAAGUAAAUGAUUCCAUUUAAUAUUUUCAAAAUAUGGAUUUUUAUGAAAUAUGAACAUCGUCAUGUUUUCAAUGAAAGAAACAAUUAGGUUACGUUGACAAGAAGAACGCAGUUCUAUAAUAAAUAAUAUUAAGUUCAUAUUGAUUAAAAAAGAGCAGUAAGCCAAGAUGAACUAUGAUUGUUCGAACUUUUAUGUAGUAACAUUAAAUAAUCAUUGCAUAACUCUAACAGAUUAUUUUUUAUACAUAUUUGUGCAUAUGUAUAGUGUAUAAAGUAAUCUGUUUAUAUUUACAAAAUGCCUCACAUAACACGAAAAUGGGAACUUUUCCCAGGCAGAAAUCGAUUUUGUUGUGAUGGUAGAGUAAUGAUGGCACCACAAACUGGAGUUUUUUAUGUGACUGUGUGUCUCAUUGCUGGAACAAGUGGAUUAUUUUUUGCUUUUGAUUGUCCAUUUUUAGCAGUUCAUAUAACACCUGCUAUUCCAGUUAUUGGUGGUUUAUUAUUUAUUUUUGUAAUGUCUGCUUUGUUCAGAACAAGUUUUAGUGAUCCUGGUGUUAUUCCAAGAGCAACUCUUGAUGAAGCUGCCUAUAUUGAAAAACAGAUUGAGGUACCGAACAAUGGUAAUUCUAAAAUGUACAGACCUCCACCUCGAACAAAAGAGGUAUUAGUCAAAGGACAACCAGUAAAAUUAAAAUAUUGUUUUACUUGUAAAAUAUUUAGACCACCAAGAGCUUCACAUUGUAGCUUAUGUGACAAUUGUGUAGAGAGAUUUGAUCAUCAUUGUCCAUGGGUGGGAAAUUGUGUUGGUAGGAGGAAUUACAGAUAUUUUUAUGCCUUUAUUGUCUCUUUGGCAUUUCUUUGUGUUUUCAUAUUUGCAUGUGCUGUUACGCAUUUAAUAAUGCUCACAAAAGAUGAUAGACCAUUUUUAGAAGCAGUGAGGAUAUCUCCUGGAAGUGUUGUUGUAGCAAUUAUAUGUUUUUUUUCUGUUUGGAGUAUUCUUGGUCUUGCUGGUUUUCAUACAUAUUUAACUACUAGUAAUCAGACAACUAAUGAAGAUAUUAAGGGGUCAUUUUCUAUUAAAACAGGGCAAGAAAGUUUCAAUUUAUAUAGUCAAGGAAAUAUAUGUGGAAACUGUUUCUAUGUAUUGUGUGGACCAGCGCCACCUAGUUUAAUUGAUCGAAGAGGUAUUGUAACUCCAGAAUAUCGCGCAGAACAAGAAAGAGUUAGUGGUGACAAUGUAAUUACUAAUAAUAAAACUUAUGGUACUGUAAAAAUUAUACAACCACAGUCUAAUGGUACAACUGUUCAAACAAAUCCUAGUCCAGAUCUCACAGGUUCUAUGAACAAUCUUGUUUCUGAUCAACAUUCGUCACAAAUUGAAUCAAUAAAUGGUGAGUUAAAUCUUUUGAGGCACACUACUCAUUACCCGGAGGAUCUUUCGAAAUAUUCACGAGAGUACAUUGAUAAUACUUAUGUUCCGGCAUAUCCCCGACAAUAUUGUUUUCAGGAUUCCAUAAAACAUGUAAAGUAUGAUACAGAAAUAGAAAAUCCAGAUUUUCAAAGAUAUCCAUGUAGGUGUGAAGAGAAUUUACAUAAAUAUUCUCAUAAAUGUAGGGAAGAAUAUCAUAGAUGUUCGGAUAAUAAUUUAAUAUAUGAUCAAUGUGUUAGUGAUCAAAAAUAUGGUAUUGAUCUUCAGAAAUAUCCGCAAAGAUAUUCUGAAGAUUCGGUACGAUAUAAAAUUAAUGAUAAAAGUAUUUACACUGAUCUCCAAAAAUUUCCACAAUGUUAUUCUGAAGAUCCACUACGAAUAUCUCAAUCUCAUACUCUUAAAUAUAAUAAUUUGAGGUGCACUGUUCAUGGUUUAAAAUAUCCAAUAUCAAAGAAUCUUUUGCCAACUGUUGUAAUGUCACGAAUAUUAGGAGCAGGAGGAAUACCAAUUAUUGGUCAAAAUGCAAUAGGACUAGCAGUUAAUAGAUUUGGUUCAGGAUCUUUAACUAAUGCUUUCUCUUAUACAGAAAAUUCUUUAUGUCCAAAUGAUAGUACUGAGGAAGAUCUUUUAAAUCGAAGAUUUAUCAUGAGUUCAAUAAGCGAUAAUGAUGAUAUUUAAUGUUUUUUUUUAAUAGUUUCUUGCCCUUUUUUUAAAUUAAUAUUAUUUUAUUUAUUGGAAAAGAAAAAAAUUUAAAUGGCUAUAAUUGUUAGGAAAUAAUU